AGGGUCUUCUAACGCAUCAGUGAUGCACUUCAUGCUUCCGCUCAGGAGAUGGAGUCUGUGGUUUACAGACCACGCUGAGAUUGUGUCUUUUUCUGAUAACACAUUCUCCCUGCUGGCAUCCCAGCUGGUCAUGGAGUAACCACGGGCUGGGAAUUUUGACUGUGCAGUGCAUCUGAGGAUUUCCACGAAGACUGAAUGCUCAAGAUGGGUGUUCAGUCCAAAUGUCUCUCAUUUGCAGGCAGUUUCUGUGACAGACUUUGAAGCCUGAAAGUGAAUUGCUGCAUAGCCCCAAAACUGUUUGCUAACAACCUGUGUUUCUGUCUCUUCUGAUUAAUGAGAAGCAUCUGAAAAUUACCCUAUGUUAACUGGUGCCAUUUAGAUGGAUGGAUUUCUGUUGAAGACUUUUUCUUAAAAACAUGGAAAUAUUCCUGGUGUGGGUACCUUCUGCUUGGUGUGCAUGCAACUGCUGGUAGUGUCCUUAAAAUUACCAGCAAGUUUCACUAGCUUUAUUUAAGUCCUCCCUCCCCAGUGGAUAUUUCCAUAGCAAUGUGGUUCAGUGCAACUUCUUCCCUUGAUUUCUCAAAAUAUGCUUUAGCAGACUCUUGCAUUUGAAACGGAUCACACAUUGCCACUCCCUGGAAAAACACAUGAUAGCUUAUGAAACGUGUGCUAUUACUGGCCAGAUUAUUACUGGAGCUAGCAAUUCUGCAGCUCAGUGCUGAUCCUAAAAAGAUAUCUCCUGUGUAUGUGUGGGUACUUUUUCUCGGGCAGGGGCUCUAAGAAUGGAGCUUUAUAAAUUUCAUUAGUUCAUAAAAAUUAAAUCAUCACAAAUACAAAUAUUUAGGUGCAUUCUGACUAUUUGUUCAAAUUUCUGUAAUCAGGUGCAGCCACAAAAAGAGAGAUCUGUUUUACCCUUCAAUCAAUAAGGAUGUCACUUGGGGAAAUCAGAAAGGAGUGAUGGAUUAAAAUCAGCUGAAAUACAUUGGAAGGUUUGGAUAUUGCAUGUAGCUAAGUGGAAGGAAUGGAUUUACUUUAGCUGGGUGCAUUUACUGAUAACUUUCACCCAGGAGUGUUCAUUUAAAGACAUUAAGCUAUCACCUUCCUUUGUUCCGAAGUCAGGGUGUUAGCCCAUCAAGGUCUGGUGAUGUGACAUUUGUGACUUUACCGCCAGCCUCAAAUGCCCUCUGUUCAAACCACAAGGGAAGUACCCAACCUGUGACAUGGUUCACUCAAAAAAAGACUUAUUUUAUAUUUAUUAUCGUGAGAAAAUUACUCUUUGGGUUUCUGCAGACUCAUCUGUUUCUCACUGGAUCAUUCCACUGGCAUCAUAAACAACCAAGUUUUUUCACUGUGGUCUUUUCAAACAGCUGAGAUACUGUGACAGUGCUCAGUAUUUCACACUGCGGUUCACGAACCUGUCCCAGGCUCUACUGACCACACUUCUCAUUUUCCACAGUGCUGGAUUCCUGGACUGGAGGCCUUGACUUGAGAUCUCCCGUUCAGUCCACGGCGGCUUCACAAGGCCCGGAGCGCCAACCCAGAGUCGCAAACUCGCAGCCAAAAUCCUGGCAGGGCUGUCGCCUGCAGCGGACCUCGCACUGGCCCCGUGCACUUGCGACCACGGGCCGGGCUUGAGAAGCUGUCACAAAGAUAUCCUUAUCACUCGUGUCACAGAACAUCGCUGUCAGGCAAUUACUUGGAGAGAAAGGCAGCUGCCACUGUUAUCUGUCAGGGUGCAGCCAUACAAAACCGUCUGUCCCAGCCCAGUGGGAAUUCUCCAGCGCCCCACUCACAGGGCUGCCCCACACCCAGACCUGUCGCCGGGGGCCUGUGCCGGGCCACAGCCCCACGCAGAGGAACACCUGCAGCCCUUCGUUCCAACCCUCACGGCAGGACGGUGUACCUACAUCAGCAAAAUAUGCUCCCUGCAAACACAUUACCAGCACAGCAAAGUGUGGGAGACAUUGCCAUCAUUCUGAGGCUGAAAACUGCCCUGUCUCUCCUGCCUGGCUUUAAUUGAUUCCCUAUGAUGUUUGCAAAAGCAACGAAGAAUUUUGUGAGAGAAACUGGCAGUGGAGGUGACUUGAUCCCUGUCUCCCACCUGAAUGCCUCAGACAAGCUGCAGCUUUUGAGCUUAGUUACGAAGAGGAGGAAAUUCUGGUGCUGGCAGAAGCCCAAGUAUCAUUUCUUGACAGUCACCCUGAGUGAUGUGCUUACUGAAGACAAACCAAUAAAACCAGUUAUUGUGGAGUCUGACUUUGCAAAAUAUAUGGGGAAGUUUGAAGAUUUUGUUCAAGGAAGUAUUGAAGCAUCAUUUGUGAAAGUCAGCCUGGGAGCUGGGGGAAAGGGCUACGUGGAAAACCAGUCCUCAUUUGGAAACCUGAGGAAGCAAGAGAUUGACUUGCAGCAGCUUAUGAAAGAUGUCAAGGACAGGACAAUAGAUCUAAGCAAUAGUUUACUGCAACAAGUAAUAGAAAGAAAGCGUGAAGUGCUGUGCAUCUUGAGAGAAAAGAUAAUCACAACUCAGAGGUGUACGAUAUCUGAACAUAUCCAGACAGAAGAAAAAGUCAGUGGUGUGAUGGGAUGCACUGCAAAAACUGUAAAGGUUUCAGUAAGUGAAAAUGGGACUCUGAUGAAGGAUUCUAGCGUGAUCCUUGAAAUUCCUCCUGCAACCACUAUUGCCUAUGGUGUAAUUGAACUGUUUAUAAAGCACAAUGGCCAGUUUGAGUUCUGUCUGCUAGAUGAACAGCAAGGAGGUUUUGAAAAAGAAAGCACAGAAGGCUCAGCUUAUCCCCAUUCAUUUCAAUUCAGAGAUGCUUCGUUCCUCUAUCAGCCAGAUGCUGUUGAUAAUGAGAUGUACUCUGGGGCUAAAAACCUCGUUCCCAGUGAUGCUUCUAUAAGUAUAUUGAAACAAGAUCUGUCACGGUUGAAGACCCAGUUCCAGCCCUUUGUGAAGCUUCCGGAAGACAAGCAAAGAGCUUUAUAUAAAGCCCUUUGUGAACUCUUGCUCCAUGAAGAAAUGGUGACUGCCCUGGGGGACGUGUUUGAUGAUAUCUGCACAGGAGACAAGCCAGAUCUGGAGGAGUUAAAGCUUGAACAGCAAAGAGACCUCUUUGACUUCUUGCAGCUUUCAGGGUGCAGUUUACAGAGUGAGCUGCUGCAGAAAUAUCAGCCUAAGGAUGAAGAACUUUUCUCAGCUGCUCACCUUCUUAUCAGUGCUAUAUCUGAGCUGCCUGAUGACACUCUUGUCCUGCUGCGUGCCUGCUGUGAUCUUCAGGUUGUUCCUGUCUUAUGUUGUUUGCCUAACGUCGCUUCAGCCGAUGGCACCGUGGCACUGAGCAGUCCUUUGGUGGCCACUCUCGCUGACAGAGGAAGAUUUGAGGUCGUGCAAAGGCUGUUUGCUUCAUCAAACAUUAAUCUGGAAAUGACAGAGUCUUCUGUAAAAGCUAUAACUAUGAAAGAACCGAGAUUCUUCCCACUUGUUCUUUAUGUUGCACUGUAUGGACUUCGUGCUUUAGGUGGGAAUGUAUAGGAGCUGUACUGAGUAUCCAGUUUUUGCCCUAGCCUGUUGUUUUUUCUGUAGCUCUGUAAUUUUGGUGUGUUUGGGAUCAGCAGUAGAGCUGUUCUGUUGGUACUUAGGGCAGCACAGCCAGGAAUUAGGGUGACUAGGGGACUCUGCAGUUUCAGUGGAGAAUACAUAAAUAAGGGAUGAAGGCAAGAAAUUAAAAAAGAGCCAUGGAAGAUAAAUUGAACAUAGCUGCUCUGGUAGGUGUGUCAGGUCUGCAGGGCAGUGAAAGCCGGAUUGUUUGCAUUAAUAUGCACGGGAGAAAACAGCAAAGUACGAACUGCUUUUUGUAAGCAAGCAAACACUGGAAACCCAGGGUUCUGCAAUGCAGCAACUGUUUUGCUCCUUUUAGCCUGGGUGUGCAGAAUGCCUUCACUCUGGAGCAAGUGCAAUGGAGGGCUCUUAGAAAGGUACUCAGAUUCUCUUAUUAUUAUUUGGCUUUGUAGGGAUUUAUACCUCUGUACAGCAUUUUUGUUUUCUGUUAUGUCUUUACUCAUGUUAGCCAGUUUCAGCUGUUUAAACUGCAUUCUGAACUUUGAGGUAUGGCAGUGCCUUUUGCUGUGUGCACAUGAAAGGUCCCUGCUGCACACCACAAAAAUCAUCAUUUUACCCAUAUGACAUUUUCAGUGCAGAUAUUUUGCUUGUUUCUUUGACUAACAACAAAGUAUUAGUAAAGCACUGUGUGCUUGAACUAUUUUGCCUGGUUUUUCAUCUUAGUUUUUUGUAAUCAUGGAUGGAACAGAAAUGCAGCAGAGAUCACUGUAAAUGUGGGCUUGGGAAGAUGAUGUUCCAAGUGGGUGGAGUAUCAGUGCUUGCACAUGAGAUCAUCAGAUGGCUGAGAGACAAACAAGCAGGCACCUGUGAGGGGGUGAUCAGUAACCAGGCCCUGCAGCGUAGCUGGUGGGUAGGAGUUCUGCUCAGUUUCCUACUCUAUUCCCACAUGGCCUUGAGCAGAUUGUCUAAGAAGCCUUUAAAAAGUCAUAUCAGUUCAGUUUUCCUUGAGGACAUGGACUUUGCAGAAAAGCACCACGGUGCCUUUGCAUUCCCUGAGAGCUCAGGAUAGCUCUGCACGCUGGGACGUGGGCGUUUCUGCAUCUCAUCUGUUAAGUGAAGCUGAUGGUGUUGCCUGAACUUUGUGCUGGUGUAGAAGAUUCUUCAGGAGCUGGAAGCAUGGAACUCUGCUUCUGGGAGCGGGGUGCAAGUGGGAAAGUCGUCUUUUGCCUAUCACUACUAAAAGUUGCUUCUGUAAUGAGUUUACAGAAACCUUCUAUUAAAUGCUUAUGUCAAAACAAUAGAAUAACUUA